AUGGAUAGCAAUCAGCAGAAAGGUUCAGAUGUUGCUAGAAUGAUUUGGAUUGUUGGAAGUCCGAUCAUUUUUGCUGUUGGAGUUUUCGUUCAUGGACAUGUUUUAAUUGGUAUUAAAUUGAGUGAUGUCGUCAUUGUUGAGACGUCUACAGCAAGGAAAAAAAUAAUUCCACAUAAUUUAACAGUGUGGCUGACAAAUACAUCAUGCGAAAGUAUCCUACACCAGAUUCCUGAUAUUGAAAUUGAUUACAUAGAUGACCUUAUGUUAGAGACACUUUGCAACAUUUCCUUCAAUCCAGAUAUUGAUAACUUAGCAACUAUACAAGAGUCAACCAAAGAUAGAAAAAUAAAAGUAUGUUGGUAUGACGACAUUAAUUAUGGACAAUAUUUUUCUGGAAUACAUCAGAUCAUGGCAACUGUCAGCUAUAUAAUUAUACCAGCUACGAUCUUCUUCGCUGGUUUUAUAAUUAUAAUAAAGAGCCUCCAUGAAAGUAAAAACUGGCGCAAGCGUAUGGGGACGGAGUUCAUGCGGACUAAGCGAGCGUCUGACAACCAUGCUACACAGAUUACCGUAACAUUGCUUUUUGUAAACAUCGUUUUCAUUAUAACGACGACACCUGCGUUAAUUUAUCUGAUGGGAAGAUCAACCUGGGUUGAUGAGAACCUCGGAAUGACAGAAGAACAGGAGAUCAUAUGGGCGAUUGUGAAUUUGAUGGUGUACAUAAAUCACUCUAUCAAUUUUAUCUUGUAUUUCCUCAGUGGACAGCGGUUCCGUCGUACAGUAGAGUGGGUGACUGAAGCACGUUCUGUCUUGGUUAUUUCAGAUGAUUCUCAUGAUAUAUGUACAGACACUAUAAAUGAUGAAGCAGGCGAACUCCGUUUUGAUUCACAGAAGCUAUCGUCCUACAGUUUUGGUAACAAAUGCAGUGUUACAGUGCAACCACAGUCAGACUUUCUCCCGCAACCUAUACUAGUAUUAUUUUAUUUUACAAAGUUUGGCCUCAGUGAAACAUGCGAAUACUUGAACGUUACAGUCCAGGAAGGAUUAAUAUUAAGGAAACCAGUUCAAGGCUUACCAAGACAUUUGUGCGGGCACAACACGUCACUUGAAGAUCCGUCACAAAUAUUUACGACAGAAGCUUCCAUAUUCACGGUCACGUUUCAAAGACAGAAAAUAGCUAGCUACCCAAGAUGGAACUUUACAAUAAAGUAUAUUGCUUUUAGUUUAGGUAAAUGCGAUAAAGCGGGUGUGUAUAAGUGCACCAAUGGACACUGUAUUGCCAAUGAUUACAUGUGCUCUAAUGACGUCAACGCAUGUGGCGAUAAUGGUGAACACAUGCAAAGUUGUGCUAUACAUGAUGCAGUCAUAGACACUCUGAAGAUCAUUGGUGAAUUUAGUUGGAUCAUACUAGUUAUCAUUGGGUUGUGUGUUUUGAAAGGCUGUUGGAAGCGGUGCAGGGAAAAGUAUAGAUCAUCUAGAUCGUCUUGUCGGUGCAAUUUGUUCGAACAUUUAUCAAAUUGCCGUAUAUCUAUACGUAGAAGGUUAAACACGUUUCAGAGAAGCAGAUCAUCUUUUCGUGCACGUUCAAUCAGAGAUAGUUUUGAACUUCGGAAUGCACAACGUGUACGGUCGUUACAUGCACGUGAAAAUGGGCGGGAAAGUUCAAAUGAAGACCCUGCAUCAGAUGAACAAAUAAGAGACCCAACUUCUCCAGAAAUCCCUCCUCCUUCUUAUGAUGAAGUCGUAGCGUCAUCAGAUACGACGACCAGCGUUCCAUCAUAUGAAGAAGUAAUGCAAAAUAAAAACAAAUAUGAAAUAAAUGUGUGAUAAUU